AUGGUCGGUGACCAACCGAACAAAGCUCUCGUAUUGGAUCUGUCAGACAAUUCAUCUUAUAUUCCUGACCUCGAUGGUCAAUUCAAUGAUGUUUCCUAUCUUCAAAAGCUUCGAUUCUUUUGGGCAUUUGAGACCAAGGUUACACGUACUGUCUCCGCAAGUAAAGAGGCAAAACCUCCAGCAUGUGUUGCUGGGAUUUGCGCUGAUAUUAGCUUGCAGAAAUUGCCAACUGGAAAGUUUUCGAGAACAGGCCCUGAGACCGUGAUGGUUCCGAAAGAAUCUGCUACAAAAGGACUAUGCAACUCCAACCCUGCUCUUACGAUACAAAUUGAUGAAGAUCAUUCGAAUAUGGUCAAGUUUUCGACAGGUGAUCACAGGAUCGAUAUUUUAGCCAUCAAGUUAUCUGAGAUUUUUGGAAUUGAGCACAAAUCAUUGCCGGAUGAACUCUCGCCGAGCUUCACGAUACGGACUCGCCUGUAG